AUGGUCAUGAUGGGGAGCUUCAAACAUUUCAUCCUUGCAUUUCUUGUUGGUUUUGCCCUUAUACAUCUAAUUGAUGCACAGGAUCAAACAGGCUUCAUAAGCAUAGCCUGUGGAUCACCAGACAAUUCUAGCUUUUCAGAGCCAACAACAGGCAUAAAUUACAUUUCGGAUGCGGCAUUCAUAGACACUGGUAUAAGUCAACAGAUAUCAGCUGUAUAUAAAGAUGGCUAUCAACAUCAAGUAUGGAAUCUCAGAAGCUUUCCUCAAGGAAUCCGAAACUGUUACAACAUAAGCAUUGUGCAAGGUACUAAGUAUCUGAUCCGAGGAACUUUCGUAUAUGGGAAUUAUGAUGGACUAAGUAAGUUACCACAAUUCGAUAUCCAUCUAGGAGUGAAUAUGUGGGAUACGAUCAACAUAACAGAUAUGUCCCUUGAUUUCUCCACGGAGCUCAUACAUGUCCCAUAUCAAAAUUAUUUACAAAUCUGUCUUGUAAACACGGGCUUCGGGGUGCCAUUUAUAUCGGCAAUAGAGUUAAGGCCAUUGAGCAAUAAGACGUAUUUAUCAAAUUCUGGAUCAUUGGCACUCUUCGCUCGCUUGGACGUGGGUUCAGUAACUGGCAAAACAUACAGGUAUCCAACAGACCUUUAUGAUCGCGUUUGGACUCCCUUGAACUAUAAUUCGUCUACAACUUUAAGUACCUCACUUCUUAUUGACUCCCAAAGUAACAAUUAUUACCAACCACCUUCUAUUGUUAUGAGCACUGCUUCCACUCCAAUUAAUGUUAGUGCUCCUCUGGAGUUGAAUUGGAAUUCGCAGAAUGCUACUUCCUCACAAUACUAUGUCUACAUGCACUUUGCUGAAGUUGUGAACCUCAAAGCUAAUCAGUCCAGAUCAUUCAACGUUACAGUAAAUGGGAAGUUCUUUUAUGGACCUAUUGUUCCUCAAUACUUGUACACAUCCACAGUGUACAGCACAUCCAUCUUGGCGAUUGCCCAAAAUUAUGAUCUUUUAAUCUCCAAAACAAAAAGUUCAACACUGCCACCUAUCCUCAAUGCACUCGAGAUAUAUUCAAUUAGAGAUCUCUCAAAACCAGGAACAAACCAACAAGAUGUUGAUGCCAUCACAAAAAUCAAGUUAGCAUACGGAAUACAAAGAAAUUGGGAAGGAGAUCCGUGUCUCCCACAAGCAUACUCAUGGGCAGGUUUAAAUUGCAGCUAUGAUAGUAUUAACCCACCUAGAAUAACAUCCUUGAACUUGUCCUCUAGUGGAUUGACUGGAGUGGUAUCUGUUUUUAUAUCAAAUCUCAUAAUGUUACAAUAUUUGGAUAUAUCAAACAAUAAUCUUACUGGAUCAGUGCCUGAUUUCCUUUCACAAUUGCAAUACUUGAGGGUCCUAAACUUGGAAAAAAAUCAACUCACUGGUACUAUUCCAGCUGACCUCAUUCAGAGAUCGAAGAAUGGUUCUCUAUUACUAAGUGUGGAUGAAAAUUUAAAUGUUUGUGGAUUUGGAUCAUGCAAAAAGAAGAACAAUAUUGCUGUUCCAAUAGGGGCAUCGGUUGGUGUAUUGCUCAUCCUCUCAUUGAUUGUUGUGGCUGUCUUGUGGGGACUUAAGAGAAGAAAAAAAGACAAGAAUAAAGUGGCCAUAGCGGGAACAGAAUCCAACAUCCAGACGACGUCGUUUCAGUCAAUAGAGUCAAUACAACGCCAAUUUACAUAUGCUGAUCUUAUAAGAAUUACCAACAAUUUUGAGAGGAUUCUUGGUAAGGGCGGAUUCGGACAAGUUUACCAUGGCUAUGUUGAUGACACUCAAGUUGCAGUGAAAGUGCUUUCUGUGGCAUCAGAUCAAGGGUAUCAACAAUUUCAAGCAGAGGUGAAACUUCUUAUGAGAGUUCAUCAUAGAAACCUGACUACCCUUGUCGGGUAUUGCUAUGAAGGAACAAAUAUGGGGCUUGUAUAUGAGUACAUGGCCAACGGAGACUUAGAUGCACAUCUUUCAGGUAAGAAUAAUAACAUCUUGAGUUGGGAAGCAAGGCUAAAUAUUGCAAUGGACGCAGCACAAGGACUGGAGUAUUUGCACCAUGGAUGUAAACCACCUAUAAUACAUAGAGACGUGAAGACUACAAACAUCUUGUUGAAUGAAAAUUUUCAUGCCAAAAUAGGUGAUUUUGGUCUUUCCAAAAUUUUCCCAACUGAUGGUGGCACUCAUGUCUCAACUUUUAGUGUUGCCGGCACCCCUGGGUACCUCGAUCCUGAGUACUCCACUUCAUAUAGGUUGACUGAAAAAAGUGAUGUUUAUAGUUUUGGAGUUGUCCUUUUGGAGAUAGUCACAAGUCAACGUGUAAUAGAAAGAUCCCGUGAAAAUACUCAUAUAAGCCAAUGGGUGAGAAUCAUGGUUGAUAAAGGAGAUAUUCAAAAUAUUGUUGAUCCAAGGUUGCAUGGAAAUUUCAAUGUUAACUCUGCUUGGAAAGUUGUUGAAAUCGCAAUGGCUUGUGUGUCUUCCACCUCCAUUGAAAGGCCAACCAUGAGUGAGGUGGUGAUUAAACUAAAGGAGUGUUUGACAUCUGAAUUAGCUCAAAGGAAGGGUGAAUCAAAUUAUUCAGUUGAAAUGGUCAAUAUGAAUAUGAUUACAGAACUCAAUCCUUCAACAAGGAAACUUGUCCAAAAAUGA